UUUACUAAAUAUUUGCCAAACCACCCAACAUUUUCCUUUUCCUCUCUCCAAACACACCCAAUCCAAACUAACCCUAAUGGACAUUCAUAUAAAAAGUGGUUGUUUCUUCUUUUAUCUAUCUCUGUGAUUGGUUUUUAUUCAUCCCUACUUUUCCAGAAACUGUCUCCUCUUCGUUUCCAAGAAAAUCGCAUUCGGUUCUCUGCCACAAUACGAUCAAAUCACUCACUAGUUUCCGAAACCCUGUUUGGUUCUCGAGAAAAAGGAUUGACAAUGGCCGAUGAGAUUGUGAUCAACGGAGGCGAUGAUCGGAGGGAGGAGAUCGUCGGGAGCGAAGAGGAUUUCGUGGAUUUUGACGAGAGCGAAUCUAAAGCUUCGGGUUUGAUGCAGAGGAUCGAAGCACUCGAAGUGGAGAAGCGAAAAUUGGUGAGAGAGAACGAAGAGGAGAGAGAGAGGGUGAAGAAUCUGAAGAAAGAGAUCGAAGGGUUAGAAGGUGUUGUGGCCGAGUUGAAGACAGACAAUAAGGGUUUGGAAUCGGUCGCUGCUAGGGCUUCCCAACUCGAAAUCGAGGUCUCGAGAAUGCAACACGAUCUAAUCUCGUCGAUGUCUGAAGGAGAAGAAGCGAACAAAGAGGUAUCUGAGUUGAAGAGAGUGGUUGAAGAGUUGAAACGAAGCAUUUCUGAGAAGGGUUUGAAAGUGGAAGUGCUUGAGAAAGAGAGGAAUUUGCUAUUGGAAAAGAUGGAUAAAGAUGCUGAGGGAGUGCAGGAAGCGAAGGCGGUGACGGAGAGCAGAGUUCGCGAGCUGGAGAAGAAAAUCGAGGCGUUGGAGGGGAGAGAAAGUAGCGAAAAGGGGGAGAGAAUUAAAGUGGAGCAAGAGGCGAGAGCGAAGAUUGAUGAGAAGGAAGGAGAAAUAAGGCAAUUGAAGAAAUGGGUUGAGGAUUUGGAUUCUGUGGUGGUGAAGAAUGGGUUGGAGAUGGAAAAGAUGAAGAAAGAAAGAGAAGAGAUUGAAAUUGUGAAGAAUGAAUUGGAAGGUCUUCUGAAGAAAUCAGAGAGGAAGGGUAAGGAGAUGGAAAAUAAGAUGGCUCAACUUCACAAGGAAUUGGAAGCAUCUGAGCAGAUGAUUAUUGGGUUGAAAGAGAAGACUCUCAAUGAUCUUAAUGGCAAGGCAAUCAUUGGAGACGAUGAGAUGGGAUCGAAUGGUUUGAAGCAGCUCUGGCCAGUGGUUGCAGGGUCGACAGGAACAAUUGCAGCCAUAGCAGUCAUAUACUAUCUACGUUGUGCCAUGCGAAGGUGAUCAGUGAACCUGACGAGAGUUACAGGUUAGAAAAUUUUUGCUUUUCCAAGCAUGGUUAUGUUUAAAUUUUGCUAGGCUAUGUUGUUAAGCCUUUAAAUCGAUAAUUACUAAAGAUUUGGGAGUUUUUGUGUUGUUGGCUAAUGGGCUAGCUAGUAGUAUUGAGGUGAACCUUAUGCUGGCAAUCUAAUUGUUCUUUGAUUCGGCUCACUGUUGCUUGGUAGAAUAUAUAUUUGUGAUUGUUGUAUGGAUAUGAUGUUCUGUAGUUAUAUGUGCUUAUGGCCCAACAAUUCUUUUUUGAAUUGCUGACACCUUA